UUAAAACUAAACGCCAUCAAUGUUUGGGCUACACUUAUAACUGGUCCGGAAGUGUCGACUGCAAGUGUGAACGUGUGAACUUCUGAAAGCCAUAAGCGGAAGCGCUUAGCAAUUUCCCUUAUUUAACUAGAAGGAAAGGCGUGCGAAACAGUUAUUAGGCAGCAGUUAAUUCUCAUAAUUGUGAUAAAUAAUCGGUUCCUGUACUAAGGAUUUAUUGCCGGCUCGAUCGGAUCGGCAGGCCAGGGGCGACGUUUUUCGGCCAUUCAUCUGGUGUGUGAGCGUAGUUAGAAGAAAAGUGUGAUCUUCGACACCUGGCCGGAGCGUGGCGAUUUGGCUCGCCGCUAGUCACAAAUGCGUUCGGUGGACGAGAUGGCAACGUCCCACAUUCUGUCCACCAUCGAUCCGCUAAUGACGGGAUCGACCAACGGAAGCUCCAGCGGGUCACAGUCCAAUGGCAGCCACUCGCAGUCCAACGCAGGUGGCAGUCGGGGUACAAGCGAGCGCAACCUUUCGGUAACACUGGAUGAUCGAGAUUUAUGGCUGCGGUUCCAGAAUCUCACCAACGAGAUGAUUGUGACCAAAAAUGGAAGGCGCAUGUUCCCGGUAGUUAAGGUGACCGCCAGUGGUUUGGAUCCCGGUGCAAUGUACACGGUGCUGCUGGAAUUUUCCCAGGUGGACUCGCAUCGCUGGAAAUACGUCAACGGUGAAUGGGUUGCCGGCGGUAAAGCUGAAGCUCCUCCACCGAAUCCGGUGUACCUGCAUCCCGAAUCACCAAAUUUCGGCCAACAUUGGAUGAAAGAGGCGAUCUCCUUUGCCAAGGUCAAACUUACCAACAAAACCAACGGAAACGGUCAGAUAAUGCUGAAUUCACUGCACAAAUACGAACCACGUGUACAUCUGGUGCAGGUCGUGUCGGAGCAACGUGAACAGCGUAACGUUCACACUUACCCUUUUCCGGAGACGCAAUUUAUUGCGGUAACUGCCUACCAGAACGAGGAGGUGACCUCAUUGAAGAUAAAAUACAAUCCAUUCGCGAAAGCCUUUCUCGACGCAAAAGAGCGACCGGAUUCCGUUUACUCUCGGGAAAGUUCCACCUACUGUAACAACUGGCUGACAUUCCAUCCUUCCUAUGCGACAGCUCCGUCUCCGUUGCCGACGGCGGAGCGAUAUUCUCAUGCGGCUGUUCGCUCGAAUCGACCUGCUCCGUACACAACGCAAAGAUCACGGAACACCAGUGGUAGUACCUCACCUCAACCGACGGGCUACUUGCCUCUCGAGCCGGUAGCGUCACCGGUGUUCUCAUCCUACCCUUCAGCAUGGCAAUCACAGCCAUCCUCGGUUGCCGGAUCCUACUGGACUAGUCAGAGUGCGAACCCCGGCAGUCCGAACUCUAUAGCACCGAACAUCUCGCCCACUCCAUCGAACGGCUCGCCAAAUUACGUCACUUCAUCGCCGACGUAUUCCUCACAGCAUAUUUCAUCCCAUAACAGUCAGUACAGUAACUCGAUGCCCUCGACGACAACAGCAACGCAAAUCGAUGUCUAUCAACCGAGUGUUUCACCGCAGCAAAUCUACGCAUCCGCUGCUGGUCACCAGAUUUAUCAUCCCACUCCAACGGUGUCACCUAAUCAUCAAUUGUAUGGAAACGUUCUGAACGCUCCGAUAACGAACAUCGGUUACUCAACAUCUUGGCACAGUGCAAGCGAUUACAGUGUCUACCAAAGCAGCUACCAUUAUCCGACAGCCGAGUAUAUCCCGAUGAUCGGUGAAAUUGGUACCUACAAUCAUUCGGCGGAAAUUACCGAACUUACAACGGUGCCAACAUCACACCAUCGGCACACUGAAUCGCAGAUGUCUUCCUCACCGGUUCCCAUCCAGUAUCAUCACAGUCAUCAUCAGCAUCCUUCGGCGGUGGAAAGUUCACUUGUGUCCUCUGGGACAGCCGCCGGGGGCCAACACAGCCAUCACCAUCUUCACCAUCAUCACCAUCAUUGUUCGGAAAAUCACUCACCAGAACCGAACCAUCCGGUGGCCACCGGAGGUGGUAGUGGAUUGUCUGCGUCACCCGGAGCUACCGGCAGUACUGGUAGCGGCGCUGCUGCUAUCGCUUCACACAGCCCAGUCAGAAGUGGAUCGACGGGAGCUUGGACUCCACUGACGCCACCACAAGCUUCCCAUAUUUAAAUUGUAUAUUUCGUGGAUCUACAGCCAGCAGAAAUGAAGUUGUGAAAAUAGAAUGUAAGACUUUUUAAAGUGUAAAUAAAUUAAAUGUUCGUGCUGUAGGCGAUCGAUCAAUAAA